AACUGUGAUCCUGCUAGUUGUUUAAUGGGGAGCAGCUUCACUUUUACUUCCUUUUCCUUUAAAUAUGCACUCUGUUAUAACUUUUGAUUUGCACGUGGACUUGAGGAGUUUCCGCUCAGCAGCAUGUGAGUGGAGAGUUGAUGGGAUAGUCCAUUAAUCUGUAGCGCAGAGGGUCGCACAUUGACAACAAUUUUGUAAAAUGUGCUUUGGGGACUUUUUGUAAUUAAUUUCAGGGUAUAAUGAGUUAGAAUAGUAAAACCAUUUUAUAUGUUUCAUAUCUAAACAUCUUAAUAAAUCUAUAGCAGUUAGGGGCCUCAUGCAGUGGCUUACCUUUCCUAAUGGUGAAGUCCGCCAUGAGUCAAGCAAAUAAAGCAAGUGCAAGCUUUCACCAGAUCAGUGAUUAAUCAGCUCUUCAUGCGUGACACAGAUAACAUUCUGCAGUUUCAUAGUUUUAUUCACAAGGUGGACUAUAUCUUGAGAAAUCUGACAAAUUCCCUUGUUGGGUGGACUUCACUUCUUCUUUUGUAAGGAAGAUUUUAAAAAUGGCUGCUGGAGUGAAAGAAGAUGGUACAAUGCCAAAAGGAGGAUCCAAAUGGUUUAAAUUAAGCAUUAUUUUCCUCUUUCUGAGUAUCAGCAGUUUUGUGGUCCCAGUCACAGGAUUUUCACUGAAGAAUACAUGUCGGGUCAGUAGAGAUGCUGCCAUUUGUGCCAGGUGUAAUCUCAGCGCUGUCCCUCAAGAUAUUCCAUCAACAGUUAAAGUUUUUGACUUGGCUGAAAAUAAAAUUUUAAAAAUAAAAGAAUUAGAUUUCAAAAAUGUACCAAAUUUGAUAGAGUUAGACCUAAAACGUAACAAAAUAACGCAGAUAGCUAAAGGUGCCUUUGCCAAUCUGCACUCCCUCAUGAAGUUAAGUCUAAAUAAUAAUAGAUUUGGUAACCUAGGAGAGAAUAUUUUUGAUGGUUUAAGCAAUCUCACAGAGCUAAGAAUGGUUAGCAAUCGCAUCGAAACUGUGGCAUCCACCACCUUUAAGCCUUUGACAAACUUGAGGUUUUUGGACAUUUCUUUCAACAACCUGAAAGAAUUAAAAAAAGUUAAUUCUAUAAUACAGCAGCUGCCAAGUCUACGAGAACUAGUAAUGAGAAAAAUCGGUUUAAAAACUUUUCUGUCAUGGGAGCUGACAAACACCCCAAUAAAACUUGCUUCCCUCGAUUUGUCUCAAAAUCAAAUUUCAGUCUUUAGGAUCCACGCAGAUGUUUUUCCUAAUCUCAACUGGUUUAACAUUGGCGCCACUAAUGGAAAGAAACCUAUAAUAUGGGACGUGCGUAACAAAACUUUUCUCAGCCAAGUAAAAACUCUUGAUAUUGGUGGGCUUCAUUUGGCUUUAAAUGACAUGAAAUCAUUCUUUGAGAGCUUCAACUCCUCACUGACUAUUCUGAGGAUGAAUACAAUGAAACGUAACCUUGCAUCACUAAUCAAUAUUUCCUGUACCAUCCCAACAUUGUCCACACUGACACUCCAACACAACAACAUCAAGUCUACGGAUUUGUUUCAGGCGUGCGUCAGUGUAACCGAGUUAGACUUAGCACUGAAUCGGAUAGAAAACGUCUCCACCACCUCCUUCAAAACUCUUCGAGGUCUGAGGAUCUUGAGUCUGAGCCGCAACAUGCUGUCAUCUGUUCCAUCUGUCAUAAGGAAUAUACCAACUCUUGCAGAACUGGAUCUCAGUACUAACAAAAUCAGCUCACUUCGUUGUGAGGAUUUUGCCAAUCUUACAAAGCUCUGGGAGCUCAGCCUUCAUCAGAACUCAAUCUCAGCUCUAAAAGACUGUGUUUUCAAGGAUUUAAUAAGAUUGGAGGUCUUAAAGCUACAGACAAACCAAAUUACUAAACUAGGCCAGGCUUUCAAUAAAACUUACUUACCAAAUCUGAAACAAUUGCGUUUGAAUGGAAAUAAACUUACUGACAUUAAAUAUGGGCAAUUUAAAGGCUUGCCAUCCCUCCAGAACUUGACAUUACAUGAUAAUAAAAUAAAAAUGCUUCACAAUAAUAGUUUUAUUGGAUUAACAUAUCUUACUGAUAUUCAACUACAAAAUAAUGAGAUUACACAAAAUGAUUUAUUCAAAGAUAGUUUCAAUCACCUGAUCAAUCUAAGGAGAUUAGAUUUGAGGAACAAUCACAUUCAAUAUAAAUUCACCACAGCUUUGCCUUAUCCACCAUUUUCUCAGCUCUCUCGUCUGGAGACAUUGUUUCUUCUUUCACAACACCACAGGGGCAAGUCUAGGGGGCUGCCUUCCAAUAUCUUGGAAGGUUUGACCAAUUUAUUGGUUUUCAAUACCAGAAACAGUCAACUUCUAUCCUUGCAUGUAGACAUGUUUAAGCACACGCCUAAACUGGAACAACUUGACAUCACUGCAAACGACUUUAUAGAUGUCUCCCCUGAAUUAUUUUCCCCAAUUCGAAACCUGAAAAGCCUGUACAUAUCUCAAACAAAUCUUCUGUCUCUAGAUUUUCUGAUAAAAGCCAACCUUACCAAGCUAGAGUUCCUACAGGCAAGAAAGAAUGGAUUCUCAGUUAUCCGUGAAGAUAUAAUGAAGUCUGUACCAGCUCUCCGAUAUUUGGAUCUCGAAUUCAACGGUUUCACCUGUGACUGCGACAAUGCCUGGUUCCUCCAGUGGGCGGAAAACAACAACCAAACGCAAGUUUUUGGCGCUUACGAUUUUUUGUGCAACUAUCCUCCAAAUUUUAAAGGUAUGAAACUGAAAGACCUCGACAUCCGAUCCUGCUCAGUGGACAUUGGCUUCUUCUACUUUAUCUCCACCACAUGUACAAUCCUCCUGUUUAUGCUGGCGUCCUUCAUUUACCAUUUUCUGAGAUGGCAGGUGGUUUACGCCUACUACCUCUUCUUGGCUUUGCUCUUUGACUCAAAACAAAAGAGCAAGAACACUCCAUAUCAGUACGACGCCUUCAUCUCCUACAACGUCAAUGAUGAGCCCUGGGUCAUCAAAGAGAUGUUGCCAAAACUGGAGGGAGAGCAGGGCUGGAGACUGUGUCUGCACCAUCGAGACUUCCAGCCAGGGAAGCCCAUUAUAGAAAACAUCGCAGAUGCCAUCUAUGCAUGCAGAAAGACUAUCUGUGUGAUCAGUCAGAGAUACCUUGAGAGUGAGUGGUGCUCCAGAGAGAUCCAGACAGCCAGCUACCGUCUGUUCGAAGAGAAGAAGGAUGUGCUGAUCCUGGUGUUUCUGGAGGAGAUUCCCGCCUCUCAUCUCUCUCCCUACUACCGCAUGAGGAAACUGCUGAAGAAGCGGACCUACCUGAGCUGGCCCCAAGCCAAGGAUCACACCGCAGUGUUCUGGGAGAAAGUCCGCCGGGCUCUGGAGACCAGUGAAGAUCCUGGUGAGGACAGGUUCCUCCUCAGAGUGGUGAACAGGUUUUGAUGAAAAGAAAUGAGGAGGUAUACGGCCAGGAGAGUUCUUCAGUUGGAUGUUUGUUGUUGUUUUUUUUAAUUGUUUGGUUGUAUAUAUAUGUAAUGUCGGUGCUUUUUUGAUUCCAAACGUCAAAACAGGUUAAGACAUUUUUGGUGCUCCGUCACUAGUCAACUGAAAUGGAAAACCAGGAGCCACAAGGUGAACAGUUUCCAUACAAGCAAACCGGAAGACCAAGUUAUGAGCAAUUAGGAAAAAUAAUUAUUUGUUUUUCCAUUUCAAAAGCCAAGACAACACGUGACCUCUUCCUUUGACUUUUCCUUUUGUGUGUAAUUAAUUUAAUGAAGUCAGUUGGACGGAUAAUAAAAAGGUGACAGAUGAUGACUAGUUCCUGGACAAAAUAAAGUAAAAAACAAUGCUGUGUGGAAAAAGAAUGACUGACAACAAAUUGGUGUCAUUAUGAAAUACUUUGCCUCACCCUGUUUUUGACAGAUCUCACAACUUACCUAGAUAGAUUUGACAAAAGUCAUAGAUGACUUUCAGAAUUGUUUUUUUUUUCAAACAGUCAACUAUAAAUUGAUAGAUUCAUAGACAUAGACACUCCUGUAGAUUAGUUUUCCAAUUACAAACAAUAGAGGAUGCAAACGCAACAGGGGGGAAACAAGCCUCUACAAAGUCAUUAGUGAGAAGUACAUUUUCCAUCCAAAGCAUCAGUCCACCUCCAUCAGCUGUCACCAAAUCACACAUCAAAGAAUCAUUGAUCACAGAGCCUGAAAGGUUUCCAUCAAACAGCCAUAAACACACAGUAACAGUGUCAGGUGUCAUACCUUAAAACUGGCAUUUCCUCUCCACCACCUUAUUAAUAUCCAGCGUUCUGACCCUGAUCUGAUUGCUAGAUGCUAAUAGCUAAUUAUGCACUUUUAGGUAACAGAGAGGUAAUUGCCUCAUAGGAAUAUUAAAGGUUUUUCAUCCAUUACUCUUGAAGUUUGUGCAGUUUAAGGCUCAGAAGCCUGUCUAUAGGACUGUGUACUCAAACAACUCCUAACUAACCAAUUUAAGAACUUACUCUAUAUUUUGAAAUGCUCAACAUUAUUUACAGGGAAAAAACAGACAUUA